AUGACGACCGUAUCAGCGAUGCAGCACCUUAGUCAACGGGCAUUAUACGCCGAGGAAAUCCUAACUAAUUUAAAACAGCAAUUAGAAGAAGUGAAACGUACAGAAAUGAAAAAUAUCAUGAACAAGGAAGAAAAACGAAUUCGUCGGGAAAAUGAACGAUUGAAAAGAGAGGUGGAUGAGUACAAAAAGAAGUUAAUACUCGCUGAAAUUGCUCAUGGGAUAAAGCAGGUACCUCUUCCGAACAAAAGAAAUUUAGAUCAAAUAACUUCAGACCAGAGAGUUUCACCAACGAAAGAAAUCGAAGUUAAUAAUGUGAAAGCUGCUCCUAAGCCUGUGGCUACUAUUAACCCCGACAACAAGACCUCCGAUGUGGACGUAUCAAAGUUAAAUAUUCGGGUAGGAUUUGUUAAAUCUGCUAAAAAGCACCCUGAUGCUGACACAAUGUACGUGAUUGAAACUGACAUGGGAGAGGAGAAACCGCGAAACGUGUUGUCCGGUCUGGUCGGUUCCCUUGCGUUAUCGGAAAUCGAGGGUCGCAUGUGUGUUUUCCUAUGCAACCUGAAACCCGCUAAGCUGCGAGGUAUCUUAUCUGAAGGAAUGAUUCUCGAAGCCAACGGGGGAGACAAAGUGGAACUGUUGAAACCACCGCCAGGUAGUGUUCCGGGAGACCGUGUCGUGUGUGCUAAGUACCCUGGUGAACCGGAACGCGUAAUCAAUUCAAAAAACAAAAUUUGGGACCUCGUCAAACCGCAUAUGAAAACUGACAACGACUGCGUUGCUACGUAUAAAGGUGAACCGCUUAUAAUCGUGGACAAAGGACAAGUAACAGUACCAUCACUUGCAAACAAACAGCUUCGUUGA